UUUAAUUGCCCUCCAAUGAUCGUAGCGUUCUCAUGGCGGAUGUCGGAAGCGUGUCCUGACUAGGCGGGGCAUUCGGCGCCCAUGCUGCCCGCAGGCGAAGAGCAGGCGGGCCUUGUGGUUCCCCCCCUUGUGCAACUGCCGCCGGAGCAGUACGCGGACCUGCUGACUGGCUCGGUGAAGUGCUGGUUCGAGGACAGGGGCUUUGGGUUCAUCCGGCCCGAGGGCGGUGAGGAAGAUGUAUUUGUACACAAGAAAGUUCUGAAAGAUGGGCAAAGCCUCAUCGAAGGUAGCUCCGUCAUGUUCAACUUGACGUAUGAUGCAGACCGGCGGCGCUUUCAGGCGACGCGUUGCUUUGGCGCCACCUUGCCGCCGGAAGAGGCCCCCGCUAUGCCUCGGAAAUGGAAGUUGCCCUUCUGCCUUGCAGAUCCAUGGGAAGAGCUCUACAGCUUGCCUGGUGCUGAACACCUCCGAUCUCACCUGUCCACAGGCCAGCUGGCAAGGACCACAGUGGGUUCAGAAAGCCCAGACUGUGGAGGAAGGUGCGGCAGAGCCCGAGGUUCCGCGCAACAACCCGCCAGAGCAGAAGGUAGAGGUGGCGAACGAGGAGCCGAAGAAGUCGACAUCGAUCUACGACUUCUUUGAGGACUCUGAGAUGAUGUGAGCUUGUUGAGACGUUUUCGUCGCGAG